AAAACCGGAGCCGGUGUUCAGUCGGGCUCGGGCCGAGUGGGGUUAAAGUGCGGGUCGCGUCGCACAGCCUUUCGUACACAAAACUGUUUUUCGAACGAAUCAUCUACAAAACGAAACUAAAUAGUCAACGCAUCUAAAUCAGAAACACAACAACCGUUUUUUACGGAAUUGCUUUCAAAAGCACACCACGAUGAUAGGCACCGAUGGUUAUAACAACGUCGACCAUUACGGCGACGGUUACAUGGAACAGGAGGAAGAAUGGGAACGCGAAGGACUUUUAGAUCCAGCAUGGGAGAAACAACAAAAAAAGACAUUCACGGCUUGGUGUAACAGUCACCUUCGUAAAGCUGGAACAUCCAUUGACAACAUAGAAGACGAUUUCCGUAAUGGCCUUAAACUUAUGCUCCUCCUCGAGGUUAUUUCCGGUGAAACUUUACCGAAACCGGAUCGUGGAAAAAUGCGUUUCCAUAAGAUUGCGAAUGUUAAUAAAGCCCUGGAUUACAUCGCCAGUAAAGGGGUUAAAUUGGUAUCAAUUGGUGCUGAAGAAAUCGUUGAUGGCAACUUGAAGAUGACCCUUGGUAUGAUCUGGACAAUCAUCCUCCGUUUCGCUAUCCAGGAUAUCUCCGUGGAAGAGAUGACAGCUAAAGAAGGCUUGUUGUUGUGGUGCCAGAGAAAGACUGCCCCAUAUAAGAACGUCAACGUCCAGAACUUCCAUUUAUCGUUCAAGGAUGGUUUGGCUUUCUGCGCCUUAAUCCAUCGUCACCGUCCGGAUCUCAUCGAUUAUAACAAACUAUCGAAGGAUAAUCCUUUGGAAAAUUUGAACACUGCCUUUGAUGUUGCCGAGAAAUACCUCGAUAUUCCUAGGAUGUUGGAUCCAGACGAUCUUAUCAACACGCCAAAGCCCGACGAGCGCGCUAUCAUGACCUACGUGUCAUGUUAUUAUCAUGCCUUCCAAGGAGCGCAACAGAACACUGCGAUGCCAGAUGAACGAGCUGUUAUGACUUAUGUUUCUUCAUAUUAUCACUGCUUCUCUGGAGCUCAAAAGGCUGAAACUGCUGCUAAUAGAAUCUGCAAGGUACUAAAAGUCAACCAAGAAAAUGAACGUCUCAUGGAGGAAUACGAACGUUUAGCUAGCGACCUUUUAGAAUGGAUUCGCCGUACCAUGCCAUGGUUAAAUUCCCGCCAAACCGAUAAUUCUUUAGCUGGCGUUCAAAAGAAACUUGAAGAAUACCGUACCUACAGGCGCAAACACAAACCUCCACGCGUCGAACAAAAAGCUAAACUUGAAACUAACUUUAAUACACUUCAAACGAAACUAAGAUUGUCUAAUCGUCCCGCUUACAUGCCAACGGAAGGUAAAAUGGUUUCGGAUAUUACCAACGCUUGGAAAGGACUUGAAACUGCCGAGAAAGCGUUUGAAGAGUGGUUAUUGUCCGAAAUGAUGCGCCUCGAACGUCUUGAACAUUUGGCGCAGAAAUUCAAGCAUAAAGCCGAUGCCCACGAAGAUUGGACCAGGGGUAAAGAAGAGAUGCUUCAAAGUCAAGACUUUAGGCAGUGUCGUCUUAAUGAGUUGAAGGCUUUAAAGAAAAAACACGAAGCUUUCGAGUCGGAUUUGGCCGCGCAUCAAGAUCGUGUUGAGCAAAUUGCUGCUAUUGCUCAAGAAUUAAACACUUUGGAAUAUCAUGAUAGCGUGAGUGUUAACGCACGUUGCCAACGUAUUUGCGAUCAAUGGGAUAGGUUAGGUGCUUUAACUCAACGUCGCCGCCAAGCUUUAGAUGACGCUGAAAGGAUUUUGGAAAAGAUCGACAUUUUACAUUUGGAAUUUGCCAAACGCGCAGCUCCAUUUAAUAAUUGGCUCGAUGGAACACGCGAGGAUUUGGUUGAUAUCUUCAUUGUUCAUACUGUUGAAGAAAUUCAAGGGCUUAUUGAUGCUCAUGCUCAUUUCAAGGCUACUUUAGGAGAAGCUGAUAAAGAAUACCAGAGCAUUGUUGGUCUUGUAAGAGAGGUAGAAAGUAUUGUGAAGCAACAUCAAGUUCCUGGAGGUCUUGAAAAUCCUUACACAACUCUUACCGCUCACGAUCUUACCAGAAAAUGGGCCGACGUUAGACAAUUGGUACCACAACGUGAUGCUACAUUACAAGCUGAACUUAGAAAACAACAAAACAAUGAGAUGUUGCGUCGUCAAUUUGCUGAAAAAGCUAACGCAGUUGGUCCAUGGAUUGAAAGACAAUUGGAUGGAGUAACAGCUAUUGGAAUGGGUAUUCAUGGAACUCUUGAAGAUCAAUUACACCGUCUUAAAGAAUUCGAACAAGGAGUUUACGCAUAUAAACCGCAUAUUGAGGAAUUGGAAAGAAUCCACCAAGCUGUACAAGAAAGCAUGAUCUUUGAAAAUAGAUACACUCAAUACUCGAUGGAAACUUUAAGAGUUGGAUGGGAACAAUUAUUAACUUCGAUCAAUCGCAACAUCAACGAAGUUGAAAACCAAAUUUUGACGCGCGAUUCAAAGGGAAUUACACAGAGUCAAUUGAAUGAAUUUAGAUCAUCAUUCAAUCAUUUCGAUAAGAACAGAACCGGACGGUUAACUCCUGAAGAGUUUAAAUCAUGCUUGGUUUCUUUGGGUUAUUCGAUUGGAAAGGAUAGGCAAGGUGAAAUUGAUUUCCAAAGGAUUUUAGCUGUUGUUGAUCCUAACAAUACUGGAUACGUUCAUUUUGAUGCUUUCUUGGACUUUAUGACUCGUGAAAGCACUGAUACAGAUACAGCAGAACAAGUUAUUGAUAGUUUCCGUAUUUUAGCAGCUGAUAAGCCAUAUAUUUUACCUGAUGAAUUAAGAAGGGAAUUGCCACCAGAUCAAGCAGAAUAUUGUAUUCAACGUAUGCCACCAUAUAAAGGACCAGGUGCUGCUCCAGGAGCUUUAGAUUAUAUGUCAUUUUCGACUGCCCUUUAUGGCCAGUCUGAUCUGUAAUUUGUAAGAAAGUCGCCCCCUAAAGGUGCGGAGGGGUGUUUUUGCCAUCAAGGAAAUGAUACCAUAUCUCAUUGCCUUAAAGAAAUUCAUUCGAAUCAUUUAUUUAUUUUUACUUUGUAGAUGUUAUGCAGCUAGAGCGGAUUUGAAAAUUCGAGUUCGCUCUAGUUGCAUAAGAAACGUAGUGAAACAAGCUUUGUAAGUAUAAAAAACGACGGUCGUGCGACGCGGUCGCUCGAUUUGAAAAUUUUUGAAAUGAAACGAUUUUUAGUUAUUUAUUUAUUAUUUUUUUUUCUUGUCGCUUGGUGCCCUUACAGUUUAGUUUACUACAACGGUAAGAACUAUUUUUUUGUUUUAUAGUUUAUUUUCGGAAUUUACGUAUUGUUAUUUUUCUUUUUUUUGCGAAGCUCUAGAUUUAGUUUAUUAAUUAAUAAGUUUUUCCUUUUUGAUGUGUACAGAAAAAAAAUGAUGUUACAACGUUAAAUGCUCCUUUUAAAUGCUCUCUAUAUCACUAUUAUUUCAUUUCCCCCUUUUUUUUUCAAUUAAUUCUUUUUAAAUCGAAACAUUUUUUUUUGGCUUAUCACUAUCGGAGUAUUUAAAGUUUGCGUUGGGAGUUUAUUUUAUUAUAUAAUAUCCGUGGACGAAAACAACAAACAUGGGAGCUGAAAUGAAACAGUCGCCAAAGUAUAUUAACUUGUAUGUUUACAGCAGACGAUACUUGUAUGAUUACGAGUCAAAUUCAAAAAGAAAAAAAAUAAAAAAAAAUGAAAUUGAUUUAUUAUAAUAGUUAUUAGACGCGAUACUUCAUUACAUUACUAUUUGCACACCACUGUGUUCUGUGCAAAUGAUGGGAGUGUAGUGCUCUAUAUUAUAUGUUCAAACUUUAUAUUUCAUAUAAGUUAUACGGCUAUGUGAAUAAAUGUAAUUUUAAAAGAA